AGCGGCAUGUGCGCAAUGUGCGCUGCACAUUAUUGAUUUUAUUUAUUUUCAAGAUUGUUUUGUUUUCUUACUGCGAAUUUGUGAGAUAAAUGUUUGUGUGCAAGUGCUCAAAAUGCUGACUCCGCGCUUUAAACUUUCGCAGGACGCGAAUCAUGUGUUCAUAACAAUACAUGCACCUUACACCAACAUCGGCGAUACAGAAAUCGAUGUGGACGGGGAGAAUUUUCUCUUCGUAUCCAGUCCGUAUUUCCUGAGAUUGCGACUCCCUGGCAGAUUAGUGGAUAAUGACAGCUCUAAAGGAUCUUACACGUGUGAUUCUGGUGAUUUCACCCUUACUUUCGACAAAGAACAACCAGGGGAGUGCUUUGAAAACUUAGACAUGAUUACCAGUUUGCUAGCUCCUCGGGAUAUACCAGAUGUGAACCCCGCUUUAGUCGAAAUGCUUGACGAAGACGGCAUUACACUUGAUGAACAUGAAGAAAUUAAUCCCACUGCUGAAUAUGCAGUCGGUUUUGCUAAUAAACUCACCACAGAAUUUGGAGAUCUCGCCAGCGAAUACCCACAAAUAUUUGAAUUAAGGGAUCCCCAAAACGUUGCUAUAACUGAUCGUAAUAACCUGAGAAUACAGUAUGAGGACGACAAAUUUUCACCAGACCAUUAUUUGGCAGAUUUGUAUGAACCUGAGCUGAUAUUGCCCUACUUAGAGUACACACCGUUUUGGGAUAGUCCUGACUAUAAUAACAUAGAUUUUACUGAAGAUGAAAUUAGUGUACUGAAGGAGCUUCCGAAUAAAAGCUAUUUGUUGACCAAAACUGAGAAGCAACAGGUUAUGCUUGGGAUUAUUGACAUUUUAUACGGAUACUGCUACGAUAAAAGAACUACGUUUAAUGAUAGCACAGUGGAGUCCAGUUGGACAAUAAAUAAACUAUCAUCUACAUUGAGCUGGUUUUGUGUCUUCAAUGACAUACAAGAAGUCUUAAUUGCUUGUUACAGAAGGGCUCUAGUAUUCCCAAUAUUCAGAAAUUUUGAACUUUGUGAAGCGGUAAAAAAUGAUGUCACAUUGCUCUUUGAGAAAGGCAAAAAGUUCAUCAUAAAAUGUUUUAUUGAAAUCCACACAAUGUUCAACAAAAGCAAUGAUGCUCGUUACAUUUUAAAUCAAUUGUACAUAAAAGAUUAUUUAGUGUUUUUGCAGAAAUGCAGCGAUGACGAUAUCAAUAAAUUGUACUAUCAAAUUCUUAACAAACAGAUCUCAAAAAAUGACGUACAAUUAGAGUUAGAAGAAUUAGAACAUGCUGCUCAACUAGUAAAAAUUGAGCAUUCACAGAUUUUAGAGAACGAAAUGGCACUAAAAAUGGCCUCUUUGAAUAUACUUGGUCUUGGGUGUAAUAAUGAUGCACUAAAUGAAGAAGAAAGCGAAGAUGAUGACUCAUCAUACAUCGCUAGUGAUUCGUCAGAAGAUUCCUCAGAUGACCUUGACUCUGAUGAUGACCAACAUCCAUCAUGACAGGAGGCUUUCGACGCAUAGUCGACGUGCAAAGGCUUGUAAACGUUUCGCAGUGAUACGAAGACUGAGUAAAAUAGGAAUUUAUUAGCCAAAGAUUGGAAUUUGGUAUUGUUAUGGACACCUGACAUGGUACUUCGAAGAAAUCGAGAAUAACAGUAUCCGAUGGCAGCACAUUUGUAACAAAAAGUAGUUUGAAGUGCUGGCAAAUUAUAAGAUCGUGUUACCAUUUUUCACUCCUCAUUGUAAUCUUUGGCAAUAUUUGGUACGUUGAUAUUGUUGGUAAAAUGUUGCUGUUAUUAUAAACUAUUUUAAAUGAGAUAUGCAACAGUGAAGACGGAUCUAUAACAGUUCAGCAGCUGGAAAUAGUAAAUGUGCGGAAUAUACAAGCCUUUGAGAUUCUGGGACAAUCAUUUUGAAUAAGUGUAACAUUAUAUGAAUUACAAUUACCAGUUUAUUAUACAUGUACAUUACCUACUCUCAGUGUAUUUAGACAAAAAAAUACAAUUAUUAUGUAGUAUUCAACAGUAGCAAUAGCAAUAAUAUGCACAACAAAAUGUAAAAUUGAACCAUUAUCUAAGUUAUUAAACUUGAAUAUCUAUUGAACUACUUAAUUUGUAAUGUUGUGGUUGAUUGCUGGCGCGAUUUUACUAGUCCAGUUUUUAAUUUGAUUGAAAAAUUGUCUAUGAAUUGAUUAGUGAAGUGCCUGUUUCAUGAAUCAAUUUAAAACCUGGACAUUAAGACCUAAGAUUAUACAAAUAGUGUUUUAACGGUAUAAAUAAUAAAUACAGGUGGUAUAAAUAAUAAAUAUAGGAUGUUGAUUUCAAUCCUCGCCAUAUUUAUUUAGGUGACAUAUAAACGCAUUAUCCACCAUAAAAAAAUUACAAACGAAAGUGGAAUUUUCAGCGAAUAUAUUUUCCGUGCGAGAUCAACUUGAAAUCAACACCCUGUAUAAAAAAAUAUACACCUUAUUACUACAUGCACCAUUUAAAGUACCUAAUUACCAUUGAAAUCCAUGUAAUACAUUGUAUUAAAAUCUCUAUUAAAUCAUAUUAUAAAUGUC